GAGAAGGCAGCAUGGCCGGAGGAGGAGGAGGAGGGGGAGGAAGGCCGGAGGGUCCAAUCCUGCGCAUUGGGAGGCGGAUCUGAGAGGAGGAAGAGGAAGCGGAGGGGAGGAGCGAAGAAAGAAGAGUGAGAGCGAGAUUUCUGUCCCCACGAGGCGCGCGGCUGCCAAGCCUGCCUGGGCGGAUUCAGAGCCGCCGUUUCCUCGACCUUCUUCCGUGGCUGCUUCGAGCCGGAGUGGCGGCGCAGGAGGCUGCCGGCGCUGCUGCUGCUGCUGCUGGAGGAAGGAUUGCGCGUGUCUCUGCGCACAAGCGGAUCAGGCUGGUGGCUGGACUCCUCGGCUAAAGCAGCACACGUGUGACUUGGAAGAAGAAAAAUGAGGUGAAACCCAGCAGAAAAUUUAUUGGUGGUGCCUGUUGGGGGAAAAAGAGCGCAGAUUAAAAGCUGGAGCACAAUUUAAGAAGAUAAAUGGAUAAGCUGAUUUGUUAACAAGAAAUAAAAAAAAAUGGAGAAGGUAAAUAAAAAAAGAUGGUCCUCUCCACGUAGCAAAAGCUUCACUUCUGAACCAAGCAUUAAACCUCAGUGCAAAAUGCAAGCAGGUGCGAAAUCAUAUGAAUGUUUACGCUGUGGAAAGAGCUUCAGCCAGAGUGGUGAUCUUACUAAACACCACAAAACCCACAUUGGGGAGAAACCACAUCAAUGUUUGGAGUGUGGGAAGAGCUUCAGCUCUAGUGCAGAUCUAACUAGGCAUCGUAGAACCCACACAGGAGAGAAACCGUAUAAAUGUUUGGAGUGUGGAAAGAGCUUCAGCACGAAUGGAGCUCUUACUAUACAUCUCAGAAUCCACACUGGGGAAAAACCACAUCAAUGUUUGGAUUGUGGAAAGAGCUUCAGCACUAGUGUACAACUAACUACGCAUCGUAGAACCCACACAGGAGAGAAACCAUAUAAAUGCUUGGAGUGUGGAAAGAGCUUCAGCAUCAGUGGAACUCUUACUAAACACUACAGAACCCACACUGGGGAGAAACCAUAUCAAUGUUUGGAGUGCGGAAAAAGUUUCAGCUCAAGUGGAGCUCUUACUAUACAUCACAGAACCCACACUGGGGAGAAACCACAUCAAUGUUUGGAGUGUGAGAAGAGCUUCAGCACUAGUGUAUAUCUAACUAGGCAUCUUAGAACCCACACAGGAGAGAAACCGUAUAAAUGCUUGGAGUGUGGAAAGAGCUUUAGCACUAAUGGAGCUCUUACUAUACAUCACAGAAUCCACACUGGGGAGAAACCAUAUCAAUGCUUGGAGUGUGGAAAGAGCUUUAGCACUAAUGGAGCUCUUAUUAUACAUCAUAGAACCCACACUGGGGAGAAACCACAUCAAUGUUUGGAUUGUGGAAAGAGCUUCAGCACUAGUGUACAUCUAACUAGGCAUCUUAGAACCCACACUGGAGAGAAACCACAUAAAUGCUUUGAGUGUGGAAAGGGCUUUGGCACGAGUGAAGCUCUUACUCUACAUCACAUAACACACACUGGGGAGAAACCUCAUCAGUGUUUGGAGUGUGGUAAGAAGUUCAGCACGAAGGGAAAUCUUGAUAUACACCAUAGAACCCACACUGGGGAGAAACCACAUAAAUGUUUGGAGUGUGGUAAGAGGUUCACCAUGAAGGGAAAUCUAGAUAGACAUCAUAGAACCCACACUGGGGAGAAACCACAUAAAUGUUUGGAGUGUGAGAAGAGCUUCCGCACUUCUGCACAUCUUACUAGGCAUCUUAGAACCCACACUGGGGAGAAACCCUAUAAAUGCUUGGAGUGUGGAAAGAGCUUCAACACAAGUGGAAAUCUUAACAAACACCAUAGAACCCACACUGGGAAGAAACCAUAUAAAUGUUUGGAGUGUAAGAAGAGCUUCAGCAGCAGUGGACACCAUCGAAUCCACACUGGGGAGAAACCAUAUAAAUGCUUGGAGUGUGGAAAGAGCUUCAGCAGCAGUGGACAACUUACCAGACACCAUCGAAUCCACACUGGGGAGAAACUACAUAAAUGCUUGGAGUGUGGAAAGAGCUUCAGCAGCAGUGGACAACUUACUAGUCACCAUCGAAUCCACACUGGGGAGAAACCACAUAAAUGCAUGGAGUGUGAGAAGAGUUUCAGCACCAGUGGACAACUUACUAUGCACCACAGAACCCAUACUGGGGAGAAACGACAUCAAUGUUUGGAGUGUGGAAAGUGGUUCAGCAAGAGUGGAGAACUUACUAUACAUCACAGAACCCACACAGGAGAGAGACCGUAUAAAUGCUUGGAGUGUGGAAAGAGUUUCAGCACGAGUGGAGCUCUUACUAUGCAUCUCAGAAUCCACACUGGGGAUAAACCAUAUCAAUGUUUGGAGUGCGGAAAACGUUUCAGCUCAAGUGGAGCUCUUAAAAUACAUCACAGAAUCCACACUGGGGAGAAACCACAUCAAUGUUUGGAUUGUGGAAAGAGCUUCAGCACUAGUGUACAUCUAACUAGGCAUCUUAGAACCCACACUGGAGAGAAACCACAUAAAUGCUUUGAGUGUGGAAAGGGCUUCGGAACAAGUGAAACUCUUAAUAGACACCAAAGAACCCACACUGGGGAGAAACCACAUAAAUGUUUGGAGUGUGGAAAGAGCUUCAGCCAGAGUGCAGAUCUUACUAUGCACCAUAGAACCCACACUGGGGAGAAACCACAUAAAUGCUUGGAGUGUGGAAAGCGUUUCAGCUCAAGGGGAAAUCUUUAUAAACACCGCAGAACCCACACUGGGGAGAAACCAUAUAAAUGCUUGGAGUGCAGAAAGUGCUUCAGCCAGAGUGGAAACCUUGCUUUACACCAUAGAACGCACACUGGAAGAACAGAGGCACACCUUACUGCACAUGUGCAAAUUGAAAAAGGAUAGAUUGAAACUCAUGAAACUGCAGACAAACACGAGAAUUUCCCUCAAUUUGUGAAAUAGAAACCAUUCUGAGAUUUCUGCUUCCGAUUUAGCUUGCUUCCCUCUGCACAAUUUUAUAGCUAUGUUUUGUAUCUGUGUUAUGAAUAAAUAUCCAUAAUCCAUUCAA